GCUUUUUGAUCCUUUUCCAAAUCUAGGGAAAAGAGAUGCCUACGCCUAAUGGGAAAGCCAUUAUGUGCGCGUACAAGCUCUGUAAAGUGGAAUUCAGAUACUGGGGUAUGCAAAGUAAACUGGAAAGAUUUAUUCAUGACAUGGCGCUUAGAAAUACAAUGCUCAGAGCACACAGACAGGCCUGGGUAUGGCAGGAUGAAUGGUUUGGACUAACAAUGGAUGACAUCAGAAAUAUUGAGCGCGAAACCGCUGAGAUGUUGGCCAGAACAAUGCACGGGGAGGAACUAAGCGAAGACGAAGAUGAUGUUGUGGAAGCCAUACCAGACCCAGCUGGCGGAAAUCACAAGGGUUCUGUGAGCGCCAGCUUUACCAGUAUUGAAAAACCCACUAUACCUACAGAAAAUGAGCUGGAGAGUCCUAAUGUUUUUUCAGACGAAGAUCCCAGGUUUAAACAGAUCAUACAGACGGCGACACGUGACAAUGAUACUUCACUGUCAUUGUGGAAAUCUCUACAGAUUGCAGAAUUAUUCACGGAUUGUAUCUUUUAA